AAAGGGGGACUGGCGAAAGAGGUGCAGACACUUGGCGCUAGCAGCACAGCCCUAAACGCAAGCACCAAUUUUCAGCAGCCACACACACACGCACGCCAAAGUUCAAAAAUUCCCAAAAAUAGUAACCAGUUAAAAAGAACGGACCCUAUAUUAGUGAGACACAUGGGUGCCAAUAUGAAUUUCAAGGGGUUCAUGACCGAUCUACAAGGCGACGGCGGAGGUCGGCCACCGGUAAACAACAGCAACAGCAACAGCAACAACAACGCCCUGGCGCGGCAGUCGUCGAUCUAUUCCCUCACGUUUGACGAGUUACAGAACACCAUGGGAGGCCCAGGUAAGGACUUUGGGUCCAUGAACAUGGAUGAGCUCUUGAAGAGUAUCUGGACGGCGGAGGAGACUCAGACUGUGCUCCUCCCUACUGGUGGUGUGGUGACCGGUCAAGAUGGGUUUAAUCAGGGCCUGCCUCUGCCUCUGCAGAGACAGGGGUCGUUGACGCUGCCUCGGACGCUGAGCCAGAAGACGGUGGAUGAGGUGUGGAGGAAUUUGUCGUCCAAGGAAGGAAAUGGUGGCCCCGGUGGGUCGAAUGUGGUGCAGAGGCAGCAGACUUUGGGGGAAAUGACGUUGGAGGAGUUCUUGGUCCGAGCUGGGGUUGUGAGAGAAGAUGGUCCCAAUGGUUCGAAGCCGGGCAAUAAUGGGAGUGGCUUUUUCGGAGAGUUGGCUCGGUUUGGGAACAGUACUGGUGGUGGUUUAGGAUUCGGGUUUCAGCAGCCGGAUCGUAGUGUGGGGGUUAUGGGGACUGGUAGGAUUUCGGAGAAUGGUAAUCAGGUUCCGAAUCAGAGUUCCAAUCUGCCACUGAAUGCUAAUGGGGUUAGAAGUCAGCAACAGCAGCAGAUCCAAAUAUUUCCCAAGCAGCAACCUGUGACUUACAGCACUUCACAGAUGGGUAUGGGCCCGAAUUCGCAGCUUGGUAGUCCUGGAAUGAGGGGUGGGAUUUUGGGGAUUGGUGAGCAGGGUAUGAGUAAUGCUCUGGUUCAGAGUCCAGUACUGCAAGGAGGAGGGAUGGGAAUGGUUGGAUUAGGAGGUGGGAAUGGUCGAGUGGCUGCAGUGUCUCCCGCGAAUCAGCUGUCAUCGGAUGGGAUUGGGAAGAGUAAUGGUACCGAUACGUCCUCGGUGUCACCAAUGCCAUAUGUGUUUAACAAUGGUUUUAGGGGAAGGAAAGGCGGGCCUGUGGAGAAAGUUGUUGAGAGGAGACAGAGGAGGAUGAUCAAGAAUAGAGAGUCAGCUGCCAGAUCAAGAGCUCGCAAACAGGCUUACACAAUGGAGUUGGAAGCAGAAGUUGCAAAGCUAAAAGAGGAGAACGAAAACUUGAAGAAAAAACAGGAUGAAAUGAUGGAACUGCAGAAGAAUCAGGAUAUGGAGAUUCAAAAUCUUCAAAGAGGAGGCAAGAGGCGUUGCUUGAGACGAACGCAGACCGGUCCGUGGUAAAGUGCAGGGAUUGGGAUGGGAAAUGCAUUGUGGGGUAGGUGGUGGCUGUACAUAAGGAUCAUGUGUUUUGUGCCGUAGAUUUUUUGAGAGAUUUAGCGUGCUGUAGGUUGAACUUACAUCUAUUUUCUACAUAUGCUUCUCUUUUGAACAGUAUGAGUAGGUAGGUGAGGGGAAGCAAAAUAUGACCAGGGAGAUAUCUUUGAUACAUAUUAUAUAAUAUGUCCAGUUUCCUACAAAUUAGUCGAGACAUGUAUUUUAGCAGCUUCUACCUCGGACCCUUUGCAGUAUCUUUCUUUUGUUAUCCUUUUUCAUAUUGUUAUUUCAAUUUCUUGAACAAUAGAGAUCAUUGUCAUGGAGCAUGUAUUACCA